CGACUAUAUAGUCUCAACGUGAUCCGUCUGGUUGCAUACUUAUACACACCACCGGAUAGAACAAGCUCCUGUCACGUGGCUUUUUACAAGACUUCAGAGGAUCGUGAUUCGAGUAUCGUUUUUUCGAGGAUCGUAUCGGGGCCAUCUGUCAUCUCGACUGACCAAGGAUAUCGAAUUUUUGGUAGUGCGUGGACAUCAUGAAAAUUCUCAUACUUUUGUUUGGAUUCACGGCGAUGGCAUACGCACAAGUCAAUAGAUACGUGUACAAUCCUGAUUAUUAUGGCCGACGUUUCGCCAUAUUGCGACAAUCGCAAGACUCUUCUCCGGAUGGAUCGUACUCCUACAGUUACGAUACGGAAAACGGCAUAUCAGUGGCGGAACAAGGCUCACCGAAAUAUGCCGGCCCAAACCAAAUCGAAGCUGUACGGGGACAAUUUAGUUACACUGCCCCGGAUGGCACACCGAUUUUGGUAACGUACACCGCUGACGAAAAUGGCUUUCAAGCUAGCGGUGCCCAUCUGCCAACGCCACCACCGAUACCAGUAGCGAUACAACGUGCUCUGGCGCAUAAUGCAGCCCACCCCGAAGAGGAAGAGCCUUACAGAAGAUAUUAAAGGACAGUCUCGGAUACUCGCGCCGAGACAGAUUUAAGCAGUACAACAUAGACCAAUGGAAAACUUUUAAAAACCUUGAUACCUUUAAAGAAUGUUCGAGUCGUCUUUUGAUAGAUUAUUUUAGAUUAUGUGAAAAGUCAACUGUGCCCACGAAUAUGCUUUGAAAAUUGUAGAACAAUAACGAGAAUACAGCUGGAAUCAAAGAAACAAAUUUACUUUGAGUAACUUUUAAGUUCGUGCUUUCGCAGUAGAACUAUAAGUGGUACUCGUAUAACAAUGAAACUAGAGAAAUUGAGAAACAUGUAGUCGUUGAUAUUAAAAAAUAAGGACUAUUAUGGUAAUACGAUUGCUUUAUUUAUUUUUGUAUUUCUGUUCUCGCGAUCAAGCAGAAGUAGUUAGAAAGAAUAGUUAGUUAGAUCUAAUUCAAGUUGAUACGAACCUCAAAGAAACCGAUUGGUGCCAAAUGUCAAACUGUUAAAUUACUGUUCUCUAUGUUGUACUGUCAGUUAAUUUAUUGACCAAUGACUGGACCAAUCUUGAAAUCCUGCUACAAAGACUACGAUAUAGUGCUUUGCUUCACUGAUUCUAAUGCGAAGCCUCUACUUUACCGACCGUGCUAGACUUAUACUUUGUGUAUCUUCUAAUCAACUUAGUAGGUACUUUUACUUUCCUUGCAAGUACGGGAAGGAACAUUUAUACUUUUACUUAUUUUAAAACUAAAGACAAGCAUAUGGAAGAGGAGAAAGUGGGAGCGAGAAAAAGAAGAAAAAAUAAAGCGUGGGGUAAGAAUACAGAUGCAUGUACAUAUGUCUCUGUAUCACAGUUUAUAUCAUAUUAUGCCUAACGUUACUAAAAUGUAUAAUAUGUAUGUAUAAAUAUAUAUUCAUACAAAUGUCAUAACAAUUCGUGCAUUCUUCUUUUUA